UCUUCCUGCGCCGCUCACGCGUUGGCGUGCGGAGUCGAGGAAGGAGAAGAAUAAGAAGCAGCGAAGCAGGAGAUUCCUGGUUCGUUCUAACCACCUGGUCAUGGUGGAAGAAAAGCAGCAUGCGGGAGGAGGAAGAAGAGGAGAGAAGCGAACCGACCGCCUGGGCCACCCCUCUCCCAAUCCUCCUCGUCUCUCCCCCUGUAAGCGCAACGCUGCCACUUCCUCCUGCUCCUCCUACUCCUGUUUUCACCACCUGCUUAAGAAGACCCGGUACGCCCCCGACCUCUUCCUCUGCCAUAGCUGUGGUCUCCGCUUCCCGUCCAACAACAACAACAACAACACCCUCGACCACCUCCGAUCCCAGUGGCGCGUCGCCCUCCUCUGCCGCACCUGCCUCGCCCGCGUCAAAUCAGCUGAAAUCUGCUCCUAUUGCUUCUCCCCCUUCUCCUCCAUCGCUGACGCCGAACGUUCCCUCACUUGCCUCAGUUGCUCCUGCCGCGUCCAUCUCGGAUGCGUCGACCGCGAGCACCGCUGCCUCGAUCCUUGUGGCCUGGAGCCGGGCUCCUUCACCUGCGUCGAUUGCUGUGUGAUCCCUAAAUUUUGGGGCAGGAAACCUGGAAUUGGUUCUAGGGUUUUGCUCGAGGUGGUGGUGAGGGAAGCCAGUUCUGUGGCAGAGAAGAAGAUCGAGGCAGCUGCCAGGGCCAGGGAAAAUGCUCUGAAGAAGGCUGAUGCCGCAAAACUUGCCGCAGAACGGGCUAGUAAUGCGUUAGGUGCUGUUCUUGCAGCCAAGGGGGACAUUUCAGAGCAGAAUGCUGAUCUGGCUGUAGUUACCGAUCAAGAACUGGCUCUCCAGCUACAUCUGGCUAUGAAUGGGUCUAGGAGGAUCUCAAGGAGUUCUUCUUGCUCUUUAAGUUCAGGUGCUGUUGGUUCAAUUGACGUAAAGAAAGUGUGUGGCCGAGGUGGUGAUCAGAUGAGCAGGAAUGUUGAUUCUGGUGAUCGCAGAAUUUGCAAAGCAGCUGAGAUUUGUGCUGAAGAUAAUUCCUUUCUUGAUGUGGCAGCGAGAACUGUGUUUGGUCAGGGUUCAGAUGUUGAUUCAGAAUCCAACAGGAACCAGCCGAAGAAGCUAAUUGAUGAUAAUGGCAGAGAUGGUCAUGCUGUUAUGCCACCAAAGGAGGAUCAGGGCAACUCUUCUGAUAGAAUUGUUAGUUCUGAUGCAAAUUUUUGUAGCACUGACUCUGUAUCGUUGGAUUAUGAGAAGAAAAAAGUAUCUGAUGUUGUAUUGUUUACAUCUACAUGUCGAAGAUAUGUCAUAGAAGGAUCUGAAGUACAAGAAAAUAAUAGUAUUACAUCACCAGAUAGAUAUCUUGUGAAAUAUAUUGCAAGGAGGUCAAGACCAAAAGGAUUGGUAAAUGAGGAUUACCACCUACUUCCUUGAUGGCAAAUUAGUUCUUUUAAGAUGGCUGGUACCUAAAUUGAUUCUCCUUAGUAGGCUUCCACGACUGUCAUGCAUUCUUCUACGUACAGGUUGCCAGAGAAUCUAAUGGUGUCGCUGAAGUUCCUUAUGAGAACACAGAAAGACCUUGAUCAUUGAGGAUGAGGUUUUCUAUGCGGAUUUGUAAGAUAUUCCAGCCUGAUUUCAGGAUUAUUACCGUUCAAUGAGUAUGAACUGCUUGCGAGGUUUUGGCAUUUGGACUCGCAACUUGUAAUCUUUCUACUGCAGUUGGACUUGCACGCAAAAAGAAGCUGCGAGUCGUAGUACACGUUAUUUGCCACCUUCAACCUUCAUCCGAGUGCCACUUUACAAUGACGAUCACCACCGCCUGAGCCACGGUCAGUUUCAAACGCAGGCAAGCAAACAUCAAAAGCUGCAUUUCACGGCAACAAGCCAACCAAACAUCAAAAGCUAUAAUGCAACUCAGAAAUGCAAGCACUUGCCUUCUGGCAAUCUAAAGUCCUCUAUGAGACGACUUGAAUUGCAAAUCAAGGGACCAUUUGUAGCAGAACUUUUCUACUUUUGAGAGCCGUAAUGUGCAAAUCUAAAGUCCUCUAUGAGACGACUUGAAUUGCAAAUCAAGGGACCAUUUUGUAGCAGAAGUUUUCUCACUACUUUUGAGAGCCGUAAUGUGCUCCUAUAGCAUAAGCAUAAGCAGAGCUUGUGCUGAUGGAUCUUUUCUCAAGCUUGCUUUCCUACUGACUGUUAUGGCGUCAAAUUAUGAACAGUUUGUGGUGUAUCAAAGUCGAAUGGGUCAAGCUGGUCUUCUAGCUUUUUGGCAGGAGCGCUGCAGAUGCUGGACGAGUCAUCGUACUGUCAGAUUCAACUCAUCUCGGCACCAUUCUUUUGGGCUUGUCAGAAAUUUUCGAGAAACAAUUCCGACGACCCUCCUCGCUCCUUGGGAAUGCAUCGCCACAUUCAACAGAGGUCUCAGAGUUGAUAGAGAACCAUCAAUGGAUCUUAGCGGUCAGCCGCUACUGCUGACCUUAAAUCUUUCAGUGCUUCAUGGCAGCUUUCAUUGGGUUAAAGCAUGGAAUAAAAGCAUGGAGUAGCUUCAAAAUAAUUUGAACACCAACUCUAGAUUCAUUCAGAUCGAGAAACCCAAACAUGGAGAGAGCGGUUUACAGACUACACU